CGGUUUAAGAGGAGUUGCGUUCACAAGAUUUCGGGACGUACGGACGGACGGACGGACGGACUGACUGACUGACGGAUUGACGGACGGACGGACAAGUGCAACGCUAUAUGCUCCCACAUUGUGGGGGCAUAAAAACUAUCUGGUUAAUUAUUGGAUCAGAUAUCAACAAAGAAACCAAGUUAAAUGGUACAUAUUCAGCUACUCAGUGCGAGCAGAAAUGGAAAAAUAUUACUAAAGUGUAUAGGGACACAGUUGACCAUAACAUGAAAUCAGGCAAUGAGCGAAAAGAAUGCCCUUACUUCCAUGAACUGCAGGACUUUUACGGGUACAGACCCAAUGUUACUCCAUUGUAUGUAAGCAGCUCCAUCAAGUCACCUCAGACUCAAAGCUCUUCUGUAGAGACAGAAGAUGAGAAAGAUGUAGAAAAACAAACAUCAAAGAAGCCAAAGGUGAAGCAUAACCGCAAGGAUGCAGUUGUUGAAAUGCUACAAGCGAUGCGUGAUGACAUGAAGCAGGAACAAAAACAGUUAAUGGAAGUUUUAACCAAACAGCACGAAGACCGUAUGGCAAAUGAGAAAGGCAAACUAGAACUUUUUGCAUAUCUUGCUUACAGGGGUUUCUCGCAGGGCCCCCUUUUCAUAUCGUCUACCAUGCAUCUUAUCACCCUUUCGCAUUUCCGUACAGUUUUCAAAAAACUGCUAGCAAUCUCCAACUUAUCUGACAGGCAUUACAAACUCCACAGCUUCAGAAUAGGUGCAUGCACCCAAGAAAUUAUGACCGGAACUCAGAUGUCAUGCAAAUGGGACGUUGGCGUUCCCAUGCAUUCAAACGUUUUAUCGGGGUUCCGAAAAUACAAAUGGCAACAUCUACGUGAAUUUAUAACAACUUAUAUUAAUAAUUCAAACUGA